AAGAAGGGCUCGAAGGGAAAGAGUAUUGACCUGAGCAAUGAACCACCUAAGGAACUCACGGCUGAAGACUAUGCCAAGAUUCGCGAAGCCGAUGCUGCAGAUGCGGUUGACGGGUGGUUUAGUGCGCCAGUGCAGGAGCCCAAGGUUGUCGAGGAGCAGCAGGAGAAGAAGGUAGAGGAAGCCAAGCAGUCAGAGCCUAGUCCGGAGCUGCUCAGGAGAGAGAGCAAAGGGAAGGGCAAGGCGAAGAAGAAGAAGGGGAAGAAGGGCAGCGUUUCUGAAGCCGUGGAGGCACCGACGCCCACCGAGGAAUCCCGGCCCUUAUUGUCUGACAAUGCACAGGCUGUCGAGGAGCCUCUUCUCCCCAGCUCAUCGCAAGACGUGCCGACCGAACCUUUUCUCCCCAGCUCAUCCAAAGACGUGAGCGAGCCACACGACACAGGCUACAUCCCCGGCUCCGCAUCCUCCUACGUCCCUACCUUCAACGACAACGAAGACGCGUGGGACCGCCCCACGGGCGAAGACGACGCCACGCUCGUGGGCGAGCCCGGUGCCGGCGCAUCGCCCGAGAUGCUGUCCAAGGAAUUCCGCCGCCAGAAACUGCUCGACAACACGGCGCCGCGGAGCAACGACGAAGUUGCAGUGCAGCGCGCGGUUAUGGGGUAUGGGGAUGACAGUCCCCUGGCGAGGGAGAUGCUGGCGAGCAAGAUGGGGCUGUUUGAGGAGCCGAAGGAGGUGAGCAGACAGGAGAGCAGGUUGAGCCUUGUUGCGCCCACCGGGAUUGCGAUUGAGCCUGUUGCAAGGGAACUCGAACCAGCCGCUGAAGCUGAAGACGCUGCCUCUGCGUCGAAGAGCAAGAAAGACAAGAAGAAGGGGAAGAAGGGGAAGCGCGGGAGCCAGGUCGUUGGUGUUGAGCCUGCUGCUCUCUCGUCCGAGCCUGAGGCUGUUAGAGAUGCAGAUGCGGCGUUGCCUGCCGCGGCGUCGAUCCAAGAACAGUUCGAGCACGACGUCCUCCAGCCCGCCUUCAGCAAAGAAAUCACGCCCGCGGAAGAGACCAAACUCAGCACGAGCGAAGGCAAGCCUGUUUACGACGCUGGCGAUGUAACGCAGUAUCUCGUUGCUUCGUCUUCGACCCCAUCGCCUCCUCCUGAACUCGUCGCUGCUCCAUCCACCGUCCAGGCAGCCAAGGAAACAACGCCUGAAACGUCGGACAAGAAGAAGGGCAAGAACGAGAAGGCGAAACCUGCCACGCCUGAAACUACGUCCGGCUGGGGCAAGAGUCUCUUCGGCGCGCUCGGGUGGGGGAAGAAGAAGGCGAGCACGUCUGACUUGAAGAGUGGUAAGAAAUCGCCAACGGAGGAGAAGGUUGAGGCUAGCGCUGAGAUUGUACCUCCACCCGUGGCUGAGGGAACUGCUCUUGAACAUAUCCGGUCUGUUGAAGAAGCCAAGUCUGUGUACGACGCUGGUGAUGUGGCGCAGUAUCUCGUCGCGGAUUCUGGGGAUGCAACGCCUGAGCGUGUGGGUACGCCUGCGGUUGAGACAAUGGAGAAUGAGCCGCUGCCUGAGACUGUACCAGAGGUCCAGACCGACCGCAAAGAAACCAUCUCUGAGCCUGCUGUUGAAGCAUCAACCGAAGACGCAACCCACUCCGAGCCUAUCCCCGAACCUCCCACAAUCCCCGGAGAAGUCGUCGCUGAGCCCGCCAUCAAAACAGCUAGCAGAGAGGGAGCUCCGGUGGAAACUGCCCCUGAACCUUCGGCGCCCGGUGCCGCGGACGAAUGGGUCCCGACAUCUUCCAGCAAGAAACAGAAAGAGAGGAAAGCGAAGACGGACAAGCGUGAAAGCGUACAGCCUAGUGCUCCCCUGGAGUUUGAACACCUCGCCCCCGUGAUCGAAACAGCCCCCAAAGCGCCAUCCCACACCACCGCCGAUGUUCCGCGCGACCUCAGCGUGAACAAUGACGUCCAGCAGCCGGCAGAAUCUGUCCUUCCCCUGGAUACCGAACCAGCCAAGCCAUUCGAUCAACCUUCGGUUGAUGGGGAGACUGUGGCUGCGGACGACAAGCCCGGUGAAGAUACUGCCGCACCUCUUGAGCAGGCAGAUGACGACUGGGCGCCGCUGUCUAAGAAAGACAGGAAAAAGAAGGGCAAGAAGGGGAAGGCCGGGGAGACUGAUCCUGUAGCUGCGAAGGCCGAACCCAUUAUGUCUGGCACGCCUGGCACACCUGUUGAUAAUGAACUGCUUGACGAAAAGCCGAUGAAAGAGCCCAUCAAUAAUGGACUUGAUGUUGAAGCCAGGCAAGCCGAGCCUGAACAAACCGUUGAAGACAAGCCUGUGGAGAUUUCCUCCCCGGCUGAGGAUGUUGUGCGUACCGAGGAGAACCCCAUGGAGGAUGUGUCUGCACCGGCCGAACAGCCAGCUGUACAAUCAGUCCCGCUUUCGAAGAAAGGCAAGAAAACGCAGAAGAAGAGCAAGGGGCUUAGUGUUGACGACACGGCUGAGUCUAGCACUGUGGAUUUCGCCGAUUCGUUGCCGAGCAAUGCUGAACUCGUACCUGAAGACAAACCUGGAAACGCCGACGUUCUCGAAGAGCAGAGAGGAAAGCCAGUGCCAGCGGAGCCCGAAGCGCCCUUGGAGGACAAGCCUAGCCAAGAAAUUCCGGCUUCGAUCGAGCCGCCAGUUACGGAUGAGGCGAGCGCUUCUCUGUCCAAAAAGGAUAAGAAGAAGGCCAAGAAGGCGGCGAAGCGGAGUUCUGUGGGUGCGAAUGAGUCGGCAACGGUCCCUCCGGAGACAGUUACUGAGCCUACUACCCCUGAUGCUGAUGAACAGAGUAAAGACCUCGACGCGCCUGCUGAGUCAGAAAUCGUCACCGAAGGCCAGCGUAUCGAAGAAGCAACCACACCCGUACAUUCCGACACUCAGUUAUCCAACGAAGAGAACUCUACAGAGGACAACCCCACGCCGGCGCAACAGCAAGCCGAGGACGAGUGGGCAGCACCUGUUUCCAAGUCCGAGAAGAAGAAAAAGGGCACGAAGGGGAAGCAGGCCGCUGCUGAAGCUAGUGUGAAGGAUUCAAGCACGUUGCGGCUGGAGAGUGAUGUCCUUGCCGAUGGCGCGAUGCCAAAGGUGGCUACUCUGGAUGCUCUUGUGGAGCAAGAUAGGACUGGGAUCACGGCCGAGCCUCCUGCGACCGCAGACGAUAAGCCAAUAGUGGAAGAUUCUACCCUGCCAGUGGAUGCUCCGCUUGAAGAUGCAUCUGUACAAAUUGCGGUCGAAGAGGAGCCGGCAUCCGUCUCCAAGAAGGACAAGAAGAAGGCGAAGAAGGCGGCAAAACGUGGCUCUCUUGUUGAUAUCGAACCUAGCACCACAGAGACGGUUCAUGAGGCGGAUGACAAAGUACUCGCGAAAGAUGGCACGGGCGAGUCUACUACAGCCACCGCGGGUAAGCCUGUGGAAGAAUUCCCUACGCCCAUCGAUCCUGCCCAGGUCGAACCUACCACCAUCACGGAAGACAAGCCAACGGAUGGCAUUCCCAUGCCUGAAAACGCCCUUUCCGAGGAUGUGCCUGCACCCGCGGAGACUGCGAUCGAGGCACCAACGGAAGCUUUCUCCAAGAAGGACAAGAAGAAAAAGAAGAAGGGCAAGAAAGGACAGUCUGUAGACGUUCAGCCAGCUCUGACGGAAGAGGCAGAGGCUAAAAUGCCCGUUGAGGAUGCUCGAGUUGAAUCGAUGAUUACAGACGCUCCCCAGCCCAAGCUCCUUUCGGAAGUUACACCCGUUGAGUCGGCUGAGGCCCCGAGAGACCAGCCUGCUGAAGAGAUUGCUGCACCGCAAGAGACUCAGAUGGAAGCUGAGGUAGCUGAGGAAUCUUCUGCUCCUGCUCCGGUUGAGCAUGUAAACGCAGAUGCUGCCAAACAGCAGCAACCCAAACUCGUUGCAGAAGCUACGUCAGUGGCAGAGGCCGAAGAGCGUUCUGUGCCGCGUAUGACCCAAGUGGACGACAAAGUCAUAUCAGACCCGUCUGCUUCUGCCCAAGUUGAGCCGAUCGUCACAGGGUAUCUCGAUGAGCAGCAGUCCCAUCCCCUUCCUGAAGCUACGCCAGUCGCGCCUACUGAAGAACUUGCUGCAUCACCAGUAACUCAGGUGGACGACAAGCCAGUAGAAGAUUAUUCUCCUUCCGUUGCUACCCACGUCGACGACGAACCCGCGACUCCUCUUUCCAAAAAGGCCAAGAAGAAGAAAGCAAAGAGGGGCAAAUCCGUCGACAUUGACCCGCUCUCAACCCUCCCCGACGAUAUCGCAGAAUCCCAGGAACCCAACUCCGACACCCGGGCUCCUUCCUCCGCGGCGCCCAAAGACCAAAAAGAAAGUGAUGUCACCAUCCCAUUCGCUGUUCCGCUCGACUCGCAGAAGACGUCAGGGCCAUCGGAUUCUCCUCCAAUCGAGUCUAGCGUGCACGUGCUCACCGCUACUCCAGACGCGCCCGUGCACAGCGAGCCUGUGGAGAACUCUGCUGAGGGUGCUACACAUGUGGAAGACGGUGGGGCUAUGCCGUCGAAGAAGGACAAGAAGAAGAAAGGGAAGAAGGGCAAAGCGAGCGAGCCUAGCACCCCGGCCGUCGAUGAGCGUAUUGAUCCCCUCGCGGAAGCUGGGGAGCCUGUUGUAGCGGAGCAGAGUGUUGAAUCUGCACUGCCUGAGCCUGUGAUAGAUGAAGCCAGUCAAGAUGUCGCAGAGCCGGUUGAGUCAGAUCCUACUCCGGCUACCGAAGACCCUGUAGAGGAGGUUGUCACUGGGACUUUGUCGAAGAAGAGCAAGAAGAAGAAGGCGAAGAAAGGAUCGAUCAGCCAGGAGGUCGAGCCUGAGGUUCCGCCUAUGCCCGCUGCGGAUGAACCUAUCUUUGAGGAAAGCGCGGCCCGUGAUGUGGAGGGGGAGGCUGCACAAGCGGCGGAGAUCAUCGCGCCUGUUGAGCAACACGGUCUGGAAAUUUCUGAGCCAACCGAAGAUGUGCCGGUUUUGGAUAAAACGCCUGCAUCUCAGGGUGCUGGUACUGCUGACGAGAAGACUAUAUCGCAGCCUGCGGAGCCUGUCGAUGAGGAGGUGGUCGUCCUUUCGAAGAAAGAGAAGAAGAAAGGCAAGAAGGGGAAGUCGGCGUCGGGAACUGUGACGCCUAUCGUGGCUGAUGCUGAACUCGAAACUCGCGACAUUUCGGCUGGGGAUACUGUUGCUGCACCUGCCGAGCCUGUCGACGUUGAGCCCACUGCUCAGGAAGCUGCUGCUGCGCCUGCGAUCCAGCCUACUUCCGUGGAACUUCCCGCUGCAAUUGAAGUUCAGCCGAUCAUUGAUGAGCCUAUCGCCCAGCCUGAGAUCCAGCCCACUUCUCGGGACCUUUCCGCUGAUACCAAGCUCCGGCCUGUCGUUGAUGAGCCUAUCUCCGAACAAGAGCCUACCAUACCUCUCUCGAAGAAAGACAAGAAAAAGGCCAAGAAGGCGAAGAAGGGUGCCAGUGAAACGGACACACCUCCUGUGUCGACACCGAGCGAAGAGGUUCUCUCUCCCUUUGAGCAACCCAUUCUGGACACAGUUGUCGUCUCUGAACCGCAAGAAAUUGCGCAGCCCGAAGCUCUUCUUCAGCAGGAUAGCACCCCGGUCGAACAGUCAACCUCAGAACCCCAGGCCGAAACAAGUUUCGCGGAACAGGAACAGAAGGAACUUGACGACUCAACUUUGUCCAAGAAAGAUAAGAAGAAAAAGAAGAAGAGCAAGAGCGUCUCUAUCAUCGACAUCGAGCCUGUCACGCCGGUGCAACAAAUCCCCGAGCCAGUACUUGAAGCACAGCCUUCCGAACUCCAAACUGAUGUGUCUCCAGCCGAACCCGCAUUAUUGCAUGACGAAAAUGUACCAGAAGAGGAGCUAAAGAGUCAGGCACCGGAGAUGCCUGCCCUGAAACCUUCGAAGAGCACCUGGAUCGAAUAUGUCCCUCCUCCGGCUCCGGAGAAAGAGACGGCUACCCAGAGAAAGAGGAGGCUGAAAAGGGAGCAGCAAGAGAAGGAGAAGUGGGAUGAGGAGCAGCGAGAGCGCAUCGCUCGGGAGGAACGCGAGGCAGCGGAAACAGCUGAGAGUACUCGCACUGCUGAAGUACCGGCUCCGCCAACGCCUGAAGCUCCCAUUGAGCAAGCGAAGGAUCUGCAAGUGGUCGAGGAGCCUGCCGACCCUACUUCCGCAGCAACACCGGCUGAGCCACCAACUCUCCUUCCCGUACCUGGUGACGAGACGAAGGACGGAGAGGCCACCGCUGUGCCGAGCGUCGAAGAGCCAGUUGCCGAAUUGACUCACGAAGAAGGCCAAGCUGCACCACUUUCGAAAAAGGGCGAGAAGAAAGCUAAGAAAGCGAAGCGUGCAUCUAUCGUUGAAACUAGUGGGCCAACAACACCAGCGCUUCCCGAAGAGCAAGCCAGGGACGUCCCUUCCGACCAGCAACUCCCUGUGGUGCCUCAGCCAGAGACAGACGGUCAAAUCGAGCAAGAACCUGCAAAGCCUGCCCUGGACGUCAACAGGAAUGAAACAGCCCCUCUUCCAACUCUGUCUGUAGACGAGAGCCGCAAUGAACUACAGCAACCUCUUAUGGAUGAGACCAAGGAUGGACCUACUCAGGAUAACGCAGCCACGGUGCCGCUUUCCAAAAAGGACAAGAAGAAAGCGAAGAAAGCAAAACGUGGUUCUGUCGUUGACAGCGAACCCUCCACGAGCCCAGCGACUCCGGUCGAGGAAGCCAAAGACCCGCUCAUGGUCGAUCCGCCGCCGCCUCCGGAUCCAGAUCCACCGGCGCAAGAUCCGCCCGCCCCCGAAACGCUAGCCCUUGAAGAAGCCAGUGUCGAAGCCACUGCGCCGCUCUCCAAGAAAGACAAGAAGAAAGCGAAGAAGGCGAAACGCGGGUCCGUCGUCGAAGAGGUACCUGCGGCGUCGCAGGACGAUGCUUUUUUAGCGUCUGAGACGGGUGAGCGUCUCGUUGGUGAUGCAGAGCGCCACGACGGUGGGGCUGCAGACACCACACUACCCGAGCUGGCUGUGGAACGGUCUUUGGAAGCCCCGCUCGCUGAGGCAGAUGCGUCUGUUGAUGUGGAGCGGGAGAUGGGACUGGAAGCGACAAUUGCGGAUCAGGAAAGCUUGGAGCUUCGUGAAGGGUCAUUGGCUGCGUCUGGACCUGAUGGGGCUCAAGAACCUUCUGAAGAGAUUUUAUCUACUUCUGCGCCGAAGGGAAUCGAGGAACAUCCUGCGGAGACGCCUGAGGAACCUUUUGAAGAUGAUUGGGCCUCCUCGUCGACAAAGAAAGACAAGAAGAGCAAAAAAGGAAAACAGAAGCGCGAGUCCAUCGCUGAAGAGGCUGCACCUGAGCCUCCCACUCAAACUGUUAUCGACUCUGCCGAUAUUCCUAUAUCGGAAUCUCUAGCCCACCCCAAGCAAGAGGAGCUAUCUCUUCCAUCCGAGCCAGUCAUCGCACCUGCUACUUCAAACCUACACGAGCCCGAAGUGCAGGCCACCGAAGAACUUGUCAAGGGCAUUCAAAUUGAGCCCUCCGAGACGGCCGCAACCUCACUGGAGAAGAUCGUCAACGUUGAACCAGAGGCUCCUUCGUCUUCCAAGAAGAAGAAAGGGAAGAAGGGCAAGCGCGCUUCGACGAUUGAGGAGCCCACGCCCGAGGUCCCAACUGCCGAGCCCGCAUUUGAGCAAAUCACCGAGCAACAGAUCGUCGAAGAGCCUUCUGGUAUCGUGCCUGAUGCGUCACAGUCAAGCAUCCCUGAGCUCAGCGAAGAGCUACAACCGCUGGAGAAUGCGCCGGUAGCCGAGCCAACUGAUCUGGAUAUCGCCCAGAGUUCUCGCGAUGGCGUCCCAGAAGGGGAUAGCCACAACGAAGCGGACGCCCCAGUCGUACCCACACCGAUCGACCCUGCACCACCAUCAGGGAGCCAAUUUGUCGAAGAACCAGCGCCACCUACGAAGAUUUCCAAGAAAAAUAAGAAAGCGAAGAAGAGCAAGGACCAAUCUGGCACUUCCACUCCCAUCCCUGAACUCGUUGCUGAAGCACGGCCCGAACUUGUCGUUGAGCCAACUGCGGUACCCGUCGGGGACUCUCAAUUGGAGCCUGCCGUAGAGCAAGUUGUCGUGCCCAGCGAAGACGCCGAGCCCGAACCUAGUAUCGAAACAAUUGCCGUGCCCAACGAAGAGGUCUCGACUCUUGACACAAAAGAGCAAGUGCAGGAACCAGUGGAAGAUAACUGGGCUGGACUAUCGAAGAAGGACAAGAAGAAGGCGAAGAAGACUAAGGCUAAGCAGUCGGGAACGGCGACGCCGGUUGCGGAUGGUGUACCUGAGGUGGCUGGGGAGGUCGAACGGGCUGCCGCUACGGUCGAUGAACAGACUACGGCCACGAUCAAGGAGCAGCCUACUGCCACAGUCGAGGACCAUGCUACCGUCGCAGUCGAAGCACAGCCUGAUGUAGCAACCGCCGAAGCGCAUGUGGAUCUUGAUGCUGAUCUCAAGGUGCCCGAAACGCAGAGCGACGAGCUUGGUCAAGACGUCGCUCUUACCACACCAGUAGAUUCUGAAGUCGCCCCUUCUGCCCCUGUCCCCGAAGAAGCCAUCGAAAUGGCUGCGCUUCCCGAGCCUGUUAAACAUGCAGUCCCCCACUCAACCAUCGAGGCUGAACAGCCUACCGGAGACGAUUCCCCCUCGAUGUCAAGUAAGGCCAAGAAAAAGGCCAAGAAAGGGAAGGCAAAGCUUUCCGGAACCGCAACACCUGUCAUUGAAGAUUUUCCUCAGCUGGAGGUCGAAGAGAAAGAGUCCAGCCCGCGCAUUGAGAGCCCGGCCGAAGAGCCACUCAGUGCUGCUCCUACUACCCAGGUUGAGGCGUCGAAGGAGAUUCUCUCUGAAGUUCCACUUGAACAAGCGCCAUUGGAGCCCACGCCCGACACUGUUGAGACGCAUGUGCUUGCAGCGGACUCCACAGAGCAAGCAUCCACUACACCAACGGCACCUGUGACCGAAGUACAGGUUGUGGAUGAGUUGAGUGGACUGUCAAAGAAGGCCAAAAAGAAGGCGAAGAAUGGUAAGGGCAAGGUUUCGGAACCAUCAACGUCAAUUGUCGAAGACAUUCCUGAAGUGCAAACCGACAGCUCACGCGAAAUCGCGCCUGUUAUUCCAGAGGUUAACGAUGUUGCUGCUACUCAUGAGGCACACAUUGUCCCUGCGGCCAUCGACGACAGCGUCAAGGACGUUCAACAAAGCCCCGCGCAGGUACUUCAAGAGGACAAACCCGCAGAAUCUAUCUCACAACCUACACCCGAGCAGGAGGAGACCGCAGUUGACGAAUGGGCACCUAUCCCCGCGAAGAAGAAGGGCAAGAAGGGCAAGAAGUCCGGCACAGCGACUCCUGUGAUUGAACCCCUUGCUGAGGAAGUCCCUGAGAUUAAAGAAAAGCUUUCAAAGGAUGUUGCGACAGCCGAUGCUCAGCCAGUGGCGGAAGACAUUGCCGUGCCCUCCGUUGAGGUCGUGGAGUCUCGAGACAUUCCCGAGGACCCCAAGAUCGACGAUGCUCAGAUCGUUCCUACAUCUGAGCCGAAACAAGAAGAGGCUGACGUCGAUGAGUUGGCCGUUUUGCCUGCGAAGAAGAAGAAGGGGAAGAAGGGCAAGAAAUCUGGAACAGCGACGCCUAUCCCCGAGGCGCUUGUGGAACGUCCCGCCGAAGAAAAGAUCGCUCCUGAGGUACCUAUCGACGCGCCAACAGAGAUUGAAGAUGCCAAAACGAUGCCACAAGAGCCUCUAGGACAGGAAGCCACGAUUGAGCAACCUAUCGAAGAGCCGAAGCUCACGGAAGGUGCCGAAUCUCAGGCCGAGCCAGUGCCAGAACCACAACCUGAAGAGCAGCCACAUACUCAACAGCCUAUUGAAGAAAGCAAGCACUCCGAGAUCGCACAGCCUGGGACUAGGCCCGUCGCAGAGCCUGAGGAUGAAUGGGCGGCAUCUUUGUCGAAAAAGAAGGGCAAGAAGAAUAAGCGCAAGGUUUCUCUUGCUACCCCCGUGACGGAAGAAUCGUCUCUACCACCAACUGAAGCUGAGGUCUCAACGCAACAAGAUCUUCCCACGGCGAUUAUUGAAAAAGUACAGCCAACUCAGCUUGAUACCGAAGCUGCAGAGCAACAAGGUCUUGCCGCACCGGUCGUUGAAGAAGCACAGCCAACUCCGGUCUACACCGAAGCUUCAGUGCAAAAACAUACUGCACAGACGGCUGUCGAAGACGUCACUAGGCCGAUUUCCGUUCCUACUGCAGAGCCAGACGCUCAAACAGGGCCCACCACUUCAUCUGGACCUCCAACAGAUCUCGAGGAUGGAUUGGCUGCUCCUGCUCCCAAAAAGAAGAGUAAGAAGGGCAAAGGCAAGAAAUCCGGACCGCAAACGCCCAUCGCUGAGAUCAGUGAGCCUCUUCUUGACAACGCUGAGGUGGUUCCCGAAGUGCCGGCAGCGCUGGACUCUAUCGAAGCGGACAGGGGCAAUGAGCCGUCGCCAGCAGAGGUGCCUGCCGAGCCAGUGCAAAUGGUAUCGACAGAAAUCGUGGAGGUUGAGAAGCCUGUGCUGGAGCGCAAGCUUAGCAAAACAGAGAAGAAGGCUAAAAAGAAAGCCGCGGCUUCCACCCUGGAUGUGGAACCAAUCAUUGAACGCGCACCUUCACUUGAGGAGCCAAUGCCGGAGCUCAACCAGGAACCCGUCCAGGAGUCUGUCCAGGAGCCCACCCAAGAAUACAUAUCCGAGCCCUUGCUUACACGCGAAACUGUCGAGGACCUCACAGCACCCGAUGUCGAUGUUCCUACACCUGGGGUCGUCGAGCAUGCUCCGAUCGAGACUUUGCAGAUGCUUGAACACCCACCAACGGAGGCUUCAUCUUUGCCCAUUGUUGAGAGCGAAACCGUCGAUACUUCAACAGAACCUAUCAUAGAAUCCAGCGACCCUCGAUCGAAGGAUGCACAGCGCGAAGACGGACAAGCCAACUUUGCUCCCAAGAAAGGCAAAAAAGGGAAGAAGAACAAGAAGGUUCAAAAUGUGAUAGAAGCCGAACCACAGACACCUGAUCUCAUCGAUAUAGCCAAAGAAGGUGCGAGCGAGCCCCUCGUUGAGCCAGUGCCAUUGGAGCCUACUGCCGUGUCCGACAUCAGGAAUAACGCAUCCAAUCUACCUGUCUCUUCUCAGUCUCCAGAUAUCAAGCCCGAGUCGGCAAGUGAGCCAAUCGCGGGGCUUACACAGAUCGAACCCGCAACAGUCUUACCGUUCGAACCCGCUCACGACGUGCCGCACCCAUCUGCAGUUGAAUUCGAACCUCGUCAAGAGUCAAACGCAAAACCUGCGCAAAUCACGCAAAUCGAAACUUCCGAACAACCUCAAGCCGAGGACGAAUGGGCACCCAUUAGUCGAAAAUCUUCCAAGAAAGACAACAAGAAAGGGAAGAUAGAGAAGGAGGCGAUCACUGAGACGCCCCAAGAGGUUGCAGAGUCAAGCUUUCCUAUGGCGUCGGAACAUGUACAUCAAACCGAGUCUUCCGCGCCUGCUGAGCCGGAAAUGCAGCUCGAACCAGCUGCUGAGGCGUUGCCAACCGAAACAUUUGUCGGAACCCUGCCCGCCCAGCCAGCUGCUGAAGCACCGCCUAUUGGGCACGCUCUAGAGCCAGUUGCAACUACCUAUGUGCCUGAGGAUGCGCCGAAAGAGGUGCAAGACGAUGAGUGGCCCCUCCCUGUCAAGAAAUCCAAGAAGGAUAAGAAGAAGGCGAAGAAAAGCAAGUCCACCUCGGAAGCCGCCACGCCUAUCGUUGAGAAGGAAGUUGAGCUACGUCAUGAGCCAACGACUGUAGAUGAUCCUUCAACCUCACUUCGGGAGGAGCGCCAACAAGAGAAAUUACUUCCACCCGCUGAGGAAAUAACAAGCGAGCCGCUUCUAGAGCCCCUCGUUCGAGACGCCCCUGAGGAAGCACACGCCAGCGUGGUCGAGCCGUCCUUCAUCGAAAGCCAAACUUCCCUUCCACGGUCCGCUCCGCUUGAGGCGUAUGCCACCCCCAUCGAUCACUCAACGGAUCUGGCCAGACCUGCCCCGCUAUCGCCUUUGCUUCAAGCGGUUCAAGAUGAAGUUGCUGACCUCAAGCAACGUUCCGAAGCCCUUGAUCGCCAGCUUUCUGUGGACGAUGUGGCUGAAGCUCCCACUCCAACGCCUACGUCCAUGUUCGAUGUAGUCAGUAAGCUCAGCAAGAAAGACAAGAAAAAAACCAAGAAGGGCAAGGCCGCUACUUCUGAAUUUUCUGAGCCCUCAACACCAGCCGAGCCCGAAGGGAUUGCGAAAAUGGAGGAGGUCGUCCCUGAUCCUGUGACCGAAGAGGAUAUUCUAGCUCUAUCCCGUAUGCAAAGCCAAAAGGAUAAGAAGAAAACCAGAGGUACCACAUUCAGCCGGGAUCAGCCCACGGAUGAGAUCACCUCUGUACCAGCGUCCGAGCCUGUUGAGACAAACCUUGAGCAACUCGUUGAGCAGAUGGAACAGCAGAAAGCCACUGAAUCGGCGCCCACUGUCGCUCGAGGGAGUGAUACCACAGUUUCAGCAGAGCCGAUAACAGAAAUUGGUGUGGCUCCAGUUGAACUCUCAAAACCACUCGUGGAAGAAGCACCUGCUUUGUUGCGCAAACUCAGCAAGAAAGACAAGAAGAAAGCAAAACAGGCCGCUUUGGCAUGGGAUGAGCCGACCGCCAAGUCCCUUGAGGCCAUUGAUACCCCUCAAGACAAUGACAUUAACAUGCAAGACCCAGAACCAGUCGCAGUCCCAGAAGUCACCAUGGCCAAGGAGCCAUCGGAAGUGCCAGACACAGUUGAGAAAGUGGCCCCCUUAGCUCGCAAGCUGAGCAACAAGGACAAGAAGAAAGCGAAGCAGCAAGCUGUGUUGGGGGAUGAGCCAAGUAAAGAAGCCGACGACCUCACACCCACACCUGAGGACCGCGACACUCCUACAGCAGAGCCUGAAGUCAUUAUCACUGAUCCCACCGCACGCGCGGAUGAAGUAUUGGUCCCAACUAUUCCGGAGCCCGAAAAGCCUAAAGAGGAUUCCGCGCCACUCUCUCGCAAGCUUAGCAAGAAGGAGAAGAAGAAAGCCAAAACUGCAGCGCUGACCUGGGACGAACCGGUAGCUGAAUCUUCAGAGCCUACACUUUCGACAGGCACCCGCGAUGGCGCACCAACGUCAACUGAGCCACAGCCAACGACUGAAGAACAAGAUAUCUUCGUCGCCCCUGCGUCUGCACUAGCUGAACCUACAAUGAAAUUGCCUGAGCUAAUGACAGCGCCUGAGACGGAUUUCAUCACGCGUGACGAACCCCGUGCCUUGCCCUCGACCACAUCUCCACCUACUAUCCAAGAGAGGCCCAGCGUCAUGCCUGUGGUCGAAGAUGAGCCAGCUGUUUCUACUGCUCUUUCACGCAAACAGAGCAAAAGGGACAAGAAGAAGAACGGCAAAGCAGCUGCUUUCGAACUUUUUGAGCCUGCUACACCGGUCAACGAAACGGCAACUACAGUCGAAUCCGAAAAGCUAUCAGCCGACACUCAGGACCCUAUCGAGGCAGAGCCUGUACGAGACCUUCCCGCUGAAGACAUUCAAACCAAAAGCACGACAAUGGAGUCAUCUGUCGCUCUUCCAAGCGAAUAUCAAGUGCCUGAACCCAGCCUCGUCGACCUUAACUCGUCUCAUGUCGAAGAGCAGGUCCCCGCUAUAAUCGAUGAGACUCCCGGAGUGCCUGGGCCUGAAGUAGAGGAUGAGUGGGCACUUCCAAUCAAGAAAAGCAAGAAAGACAAGCGCAAGUCAAAGAAAAUGGAAGCUGCCGUUGAUGAUGAGCCAACGCAAGUCAUCAAACCAAACUCUCCGGCGGUUGCUGCGCCAGCCACUGAAGCAACUCCCGUCAUUGACCUUCCCCAAGCCACAUCUUCCAGAGAUACCAGCAUCACUGAACCUGUCUCGAGUCCUACAGUGGAGCUUCCACAGCUGUCGACACCUUCAAACGCAGCCAAGAAGAAGAACAAGAAACAUAAGCUCGCUGCGAUGUUCGAGCCACCUACACCCGAGGAAACUCUAGCUUCCAAGGCCAGAGCACCAAAGAUCCAGGAGGAAACAGCUCGCGAUAUCCAUGAAGCUGUGCCCGAGGACGUUCAAUUCAAGCAAUUCGAUGUACCGAGAGCCAUCAUAGAUGAACCUCGUGCGAAGUCUCCUGAACACGAUAUUGACUUCGCUGCCACAGUCGCGGCAGGCCUAAAGGAGUCCGGCUUCAACACUGAUCUGGUACUUAAUGACCCGGCAUUCCACCGAACAAGCUCGCCUCAGAGCGUGCGCGACAUCGCACCAGACGACGACGUUGCGGCUGCCCGGCAUGGAGCGAGCAAGUCCAAAUUCGGCAACCUGGGUCGUUCACCGUCUCCGACAUCUCCAGAAUCCGAAGUACCUACAGUGAAGGAGGCGCCUCAGCCUAUUGUGGCAGUCGCUGCUGAGAGUGCCCCGACGUUCGAUCCUAUGGAUAUCCUCAAUGAUCCGACGUUCGCUCAGCGCAAAUCCCCACCUGGUGUACUAGAGGAAGCUGAUCCUGAAGAGCUCUGGUCGUCUGGAUCGAAAGGGAAGAAGGCGAAGGGCAAGAAGAAGCGAGCUUCUCUUGUGCAAGAUGGUGUCGGUUCUCCCGCUGUUGAAAUUCCCACGACUGGGCCUUCUGUCGACGAACUGUCCCGUGACCGACCCAUGCCUGAAGCUACCUUAGAGACUACAGAUGACUUCUGGGACGAGCAGCCAAAGAGGAAGGGUAGGGAAGACAAAGCGGCCUCAAAGCGAGCUAAUACUACAGAGUCAGUACAGGAUUCCGAUAUGCUAUCAGGUGCAAUCACUCCAUUCGAGGAGGAUUUUGAACAACAACGAUCUGUAGAGGACUCAGUGGAGUCAAAGAAGAUCGUAAAUAGGAAUGAUUUAACAUGGGAUGAAGGCGCAGGCAAGAAGAACAAGAAGAAAAAGAAGAGCAUCGUUCCCGAGACAAUGGUGGCAGCAGCCAGCGCAGCAGCUCUUGCUGCGGUUAUCUCCGACAAGAAGGAGGAAAAGAAGAGUGAAGGGAUGGAACUGCCUCCCACGUUUGAUCAGAUUCCGAAGUCAUUGGGUGGUGUUGAGCCGAGUGAGUACCCGUUCCCUGCCUUACCGACGCCAGAGGAGCGCACGGGCUUCAGCGUCCAGGGAAAGCACGCACAUGAGGAAGAAAUAGAGGAAGAGUGGGCGCCGCCAGCAAAAAAGAAGGGAAAGAAAGACUCAAAGAGUCGAGGGAAGGAGCGUGAAGAGAAGGACAACGAUUUCAUCGAAAGAACAUUGAAUGAUAUGCCUGAGCAAAAGGGACGACACGUGUCACAAUCAGAUCCCUUUUAUGUGUCAUCAACAAGCCGGUCGCUCGAGCAAGAAAAUGCAGGACACAUGUCCCCGAAUCACAAGCGACGAGAGCACCCUGUACCGCCAGAAGCAGAACCUGAGGAGAAACGUUUGCAUCUUUCAGGGCCAUCGCAGCACGAUCUUUCUAUUCCGGAAGACCCGAGUUCUCUAGCAUCAUCGCGCACACAGGAACUUGCACAUUCAAGUGCAGACAAAUCAAAUUUGGAUACUACAGUGCAUCCUACAGGAGUUGGAGGUCACUCGCCGAUCAUUGAGCCUACCUGGUCAUUUGGUGAUAUACGCGACAGCGGCGUACACGUGGCAGACUCGCCCACGGUACCAAAAUCCCCGCAGUUGCCCACAUACGCCGACGUCCGUGACAGCGGCUAUCAUGAUACGACCUUUGAAACACCAAGAAAGUCCAAGGGUUCAAACCAGCCGGUUGAAGAGGCGGACAGCAACAAGAAGCCGCGUUCUAAGGAGCCAGUAACACCGCAUCGGUCCCGAGCUUUGGAGGAACAUGAUGAAGUGCGAUCGCGAAGCCCGUCACUACCGGAACUUCCGUCUCUCGCAGCAGUCGCAUCGCCCAACGCGAUCGAUUCGGCCACCAGAGAGCGCUCAUCGUACCUGUUCGAUUCGUCGCCUUCAACGCGUCAAUAUGGCGAGUCUUCACCCGCCGCCAAGAUCGGAGCAGCUACCGCCGGCGCAGCAGCUGUCGCCGUCGCGGCUUCUGCUCGAAAUACCCGCGAUUCACAACGCCACGACAAGCAUAUACCCUCGGAGUCAGACAAGAAACUAUCCUCACCUGAAAGGGAUGUCAAGCAGCAGCAACCCUACAAGUCAAUCUUUGGUGAUCCAACUGAAAAGAAAGCAGAGCAAGUUCGAAAACUGUCGACACCGUCGAACAAGCACAUGCGUACACCAAGCAGCGUGCUCGACCCCAUCAAGGAGGCUAGUCCGGAUGACUCGCCUUUGCAGAAGAGACACGCCAGAAAGGUUUCGGAAGCCGGACUGCCCGAUCGUGAAGUGAAGUCGUCUCGACGAAGCCAGAGUCCCAAGUCCUUCUCCGAGCGCAUGAAGUCGCCGCCUCCUGUUACACCGACCCCCGCAAGCCGCAAGAACGUUCCUUCGAAGAUCGACACCUCACCACCUGUGCAGAGAAAGGGAUCACCAUGGCAGCAAGUUCACGAGAGCGUCGAUCGUACAAUGACCUUGAGUCCCGCCCGCCGACUCCCACACGAUCACUCUCCCACUACCACUGAUCCAAUCAAGGUGCGGAUCGCAGAGCAGCGGUCGCCAAGCGUGUUCAGCGAUCGUUCUGUCAACAUGAGGAGCCCAGAUGCAGAUCGCCCGCUGAGCGCAAUGAGCAACCGAUCAGCAAGUUCUCUGCGAAGAGUUGACAGGAGCAGGUCAGGUGACCUUCGAGCUGCGGCCAAGAUUGGCGAGGCCCGUGCUCAUGACGCUAAGUCGCAGUCUAAUCUCGCAGGCAUCGCACUCGCUGCCGGAGCAACCGCAGCCAUCGCCGCGGGUAUAGCCAGCUCGUCCAAGUACGACCCAGUGAAGGAUAAAGGCAAGGGUCGUGCCGAAAUGCCUGAUGUCUACGAGGCAUGGGGUGAAGCCCAAGGCUCGCCGAUGUCACCGACACGGCCACCCAGCGUACGCAAGCGACAAAGUAUACAAAUCUUGGACUUGCAGUCGCAACUUGAAAAUCUCGCGGCUCAAAACAGAUCGCUCGAAGAGGCAAGACUCAAGGCUGAGGAAAUACUCCAGCAAGCCUCCCAGCAGCGUGAUGUUGACCAGCAAGUCGUCUCCGAGGCUGUAGAAGCACGUGAUCGUGAGCUGCACCAGAAAGACAUCGACAUCGGACAGCUCCGCGACACUUUGCAGCGACUUCAACAAGAGAUUGGCAGACUGACCGAAUUGAACAACCAACUCACUGACGCCAAUCGCAACCUUACCAAUGACGCCAAUGCACGAUAUGCGCAACUCCAAGCUGAAGGUCAACAAGUCCAAGACCAAUGGCAACAAUCUACUCGGGAGCUCGAGCAACUACGGGCUGAACACAAUCAUCUCACGAAAGGCAUGCAGGCUGCAAUAGCUGCAGAGAUUGGACUUGCCAUCGACGAGCGCAACGCCGAAAUCAACCGUCUGAACGCCGAGCUUGAGGGCGCACGCGAACAGAUCAAGAAGUUGCAACAGCAGAUAUUGGAGACCAAGAAGCCGAACGAAAGCUUCCUCACUGUGCGCGACGAGGACUACUUUGACAGCGCUUGCCAACAGCUUUGCCAGCACGUCCAGCAGUGGGUAUUGCGCUUCUCUAAAUUUUCAGAUGCUCGUGCUUGCCGCCUGUCGUCCGAAGUCACUGCAGAUACCAGAUUGGACACCGCCACUCGACAAAAGAUCGACACCCGCCUGGACAACGCCAUCCUCGAUGGCUCGGAUGUCGAUAUGCUUCUCGCGGAUCGUGUGAAGCGUCGAGACGUCUUCAUGUCGGUGGUCAUGACAAUGAUCUGGGAAUACGUCUUUACCAGAUACCUUUUCGGUAUGGACAGAGAACAGCGACAGAAGCUCAAGUCGCUAGAGAAGACACUUUCAGAGGUGGGGCCUACACGCGCCGUGGCUCAAUGGCGUGCCAUCACCCUUAGCUUGCUCUCGAAGCGCGAACCCUUUGUCCAACAACGCGCCCAGGACACGGAGGCUGUCGUCCACGAGAUAUACAGCACACUCGCCACUCUGCUGCCGCCCCCAUCGCAUCUGCAACGGCAGAUCCAAGAAUCGCUGCGCAACGUCAUGCGGCUGGCGGUCUCUCUUUCCAUUGAAAUGCGCACGCAGCGCGCAGAAUACAUCAUGCUGCCACCGCUGCAGCCUGAGUACGACACCAACGGCGACCUGGUCGCCAAAGUAACGUUCAACGCGUCCCUCAUGAACGAGCGCUCGGGACAAGAGACGUCAAACGACGAACUCGAGGCGCGCAACGCAAUUGUCAAGAUUGUGCUGUUCCCAUUGGUGGUGAAGAAAGGAGAUGAUUUCGGAGAAGGAGAUGACGAGAUUGUGGUGUGCCCUGCGCAGGUACUCGUUGCGCGGCCGAACAACAAGAAGGUGGUGAGGGUAAUGAGCGGAGCAAUGAGUGUGGACAGUCGGAAGAGGAGCUCCCACAGCCUCGCGCCGACCAGCAUUGCGCCUGAAAGCUCGAUAAUGGAUCUGGAUUCGACCAACAUGAUUUAAACAUGGGUUUUGCAUAGCGAUGGAUUGGUUUGGCAUCGGUUUUGUACAGAGGUCUUGGGUGGCGUUUUUGGCAGAGAUACCUCGUCAACGAAUUUCCUUUGUUAGUUCUUCUUUUCCGUGGUUUGUACGAGCGCGCAUAUACCUUUAGCAUUGUAUUUUCUACUUGUACACGGUCGAUGAUCGAUGAUAAUUCUACUGCAAUCUGGAUUUCACGCAUGC